GGGGAGGGUGACGCAGAGAGCUUUCUCCCUCCGCUGGGUCUCUUCCCCCCACCCCCACAUACACACUUGGUGGAAGCCUCGUCGAGAGCAGCAGAAAUGUCUUCGGAGAAAACAGGACUCCCUGAUUCUGGCCCACACACCUCUCCUCCGCCCUACAACACCCCUUUACAGCCGCCUCCUCCACCGCCACAGGAUGCUCCCAUCCCUGGAUACAGUGACCCUCCUGCCACAACUGUGCACUCAGGCACCGCCACAUUGCCCAGGCUUGGAGGGGCUGCUUCCGUGCCCCGCCCUCCUCCGACAUCGGCCACUCUUCCGCGCCCACCCCGUCACCAUUCAGCCACCCUCCCCCGCCUCCCGCCGGAUCCCUACAUGCAGGAAACUCAGUUCAAUGGGGCCCCGCAGGGCUACGUAGUGCAGACUCACCCACCUGUGGGCACCCUACCUAUUGGAGGUUACAUGCACCCGGGAUACCCUGUCCAGCUGCAGCCCUGCACAGCAUAUGUACCCGUCUAUCCCGUAGGGGCGCCAUACCCUCAGGCCAACCCUCCUCCUCCACCAACUCUGUCCCCAACGCAGAUGACCCCCGGCAUUGCCAUCCUGGAACCACGGCGCCCGCCCCAUGAUUACCUUCCCAUCGCCGUCCUCACCACGAUCUGCUGCUUCUGGCCCACGGGUAUCAUUGCUAUAAUCAAGGCUGUGCAGGUGCGGACUGCCGUUGCCCGGGGCGACAUCGUCUCCGCAGAAAUCGCUUCGCGUGAGGCCCGCAACUUCUCCUUCAUCAGCCUGGCUGUGGGCAUUGCUGCCAUGGUCCUGUGCACCAUCCUCACUGUGGUCAUCAUCAUUGCUGCCCAGCACCAUGAAAAUGACUGGGACCCCUAGCGACCAAUCUCUGUCUUCUGCCUACUCCUGUAUCCUGACAACUGGUGACAACAGCAGCUCUGAAAACCCUGGCAACCAUCGGGCCCAAGGAUGGACCUUGGCAACCGUCUCCCUUGCGGUCCUUGGCAACCGUCGUUUCCCCUGCCAACGACACUUGGAAUGCUUGGCAACGGUCUCCCCCCAGCCCUUGGCUACUGUUGGCCUUGUUUAUGGUACCUUCUCAGCGGAUGACUACCAGACGAUGACAUUCAGGCGGAAUGCUGACACACCCUAGGCUCUAUAAGCUAUAGGGCUCCUAGCAACACGUUCUCCCUCCCGCCAGUUCUCGACCAGAAUACUUCGCUUGCUUCCUUCCUUCCCGAGGAGUAGGCUCCACCUCCUGUGCCCAUGGCAACAGCCAUCUUCCUUCUCCUUCUGCUGCUGCAUUUGCAUGCCUAGUGUUGCCCAGGUCUUGGUUAAGCCCCAC